GUACCUUUCCACUAAGUCAAACCCCACUAGAGCCGCCCACGUAGAUUUUAGAAUUCGCUAGACGUCCAAGGCGUUCUAAAGAAUGAUUCUACUUUUUUCUUCAUAAAUACAUAUCUAAAUCAUGCCUCUUUCAGAUCAAACUGCCACCUUCUUGAUUCUAAAGAUGGGAACAGUCGUCUAUUCAGAUUGCAUGAGAGAUCUUAAAACUCCCGCUUCACUCGCAAAUUCUAAGACUAUUUCGCCACGAAAACUGGCCCAACUUCCGAGAUAUGCAUACGGAUGAUUUAUUACCAAAAGUCCACGUAUUCCUGAAUUGUUAGGCUAUGCCUUCAUAUUAUUACCAUAUAAAACUCGAGGUUUACCCUACGUCAUCACCGACGUCCCAAGAAAUAGGGAACGUAUCCCAGUCUUCCCAAGGACCGAUCUGGUUGCCACGGGAUACAUCGAGUAUCUUCGACGACCUCCCGUCGCAUCCUCGAGCACAGACGAUAUUCUCGGCGCGUCACGGAAAGGGAACCGCCAGACGGCAACGUAACCAAACUUCGACUCACCAGUCUAAGAGCAAGCCGAGUGUUAUUGAUUGCGGCGCCCCUCGACCACCCGAAGCUCAAGACGAUCGCAAUAUCAUACGACUUAGUGAGAGGCAGCUCCGACAACGAACAUUAAGCUACCCUCCUCCCCAGUCCAACGUCGCUAUAAAUCCACAUACCGCGGUUAAGGAUUGGCGGUUUGGGCAACUAAGGAUAGAGGGUAUCGACGUGGACGGCUACGAAAAUCACACCAGUAUGCAGGGAACAUCUGCUGCAGCGGCCGCUGUCGGCCCUUCUAUGGGAGGCGCUGGCAAGGCUACGAAGGCGAAAUAUGUCCCGUUAACUACGUCAAAGAAUACAGAGCUGGGUUGGGGCAUAGUCCAUCUAUACCGGGAAGAGGCGGAAAGCCCAGAACUUACAAUACCGACCGAUAGUAUACCUGAAGGAGAAGAGGAACAAGACCGCGCGCAAGUCGACUGUACGACGGUCUGUAUUCCGGCGGUCCCUAGCUACCUGUCUCCCAGCGACUUCCUCGGCUUCGUAGGUGAGAAGUGGAGGGAUAAAAUCAGUCAUUACCGUAUGGUCAUGACGGGUCGGAUGAACAGGUAUCUGGUGCUUAUGAAGUUCCGAGAGAGCAAGCAGGCACAGCUCUUUAGACGCGAGUUUGAUGGCAAGGUGUUCAACGAUAUUGAGCCAGAGGCAUGUAAUGUUGCUUUUAUAAAAUCCGUUACUUUCGAGAGUCCAUCCCGUCCGAAUGGGAGUUUCCCAGAUCUUAGCCAAGACCCAUUCACACCAUCCACUUCCGCUACUUCGAACUCACUCAAACCAUUCCCACCGCCGACACCGAACCUAAUCGAACUACCAACUUGUCCCGUCUGUCUAGAGCGAAUGGACGAUACUACGGGUCUACUGACGAUACCUUGCCAACACGUAUUUCACUGCUCGUGUCUACAGAAGUGGAAGGGUUCCGGUUGCCCUGUCUGCCGACAUACAAAUCCAACUUUGGCGGCAGCUGCAUCAUCAUCGUCGAACGCUCACACCCCUUACGAUCCCGAUAACCCAUACACACAACCUUUCGGCUCACGUGUAUCCAACUUGUGUUCAGUCUGCGACUCACCUGAUGACCUCUGGAUAUGUCUCAUCUGCGGUAAUGUAGGCUGCGGACGGUAUAAAGGAGGUCACGCGAAAGAACAUUGGAAAGACACAGCACAUACAUUCUCAUUGGAAAUAGAGACCCAGCAUGUAUGGGACUACGCUGGGGAUAUGUGGGUGCAUCGCUUGAUCAGAGACAAGGGCGAUGGAAAAGUUGUCGAGUUGCCGGGCCGUCAAGGGGGUGCUAUGGGACAUGACGAACAUGAGGAUCAAGAUGUGGUUCCACGAGUCAAACUCGAAAGUAUUGGCAUGGAGUACACUCACCUCCUUAGCAGUCAACUAGAGAGUCAACGUGUAUACUUCGAAGAGAUGCUCUCUAAAGCCGCAGAUAAAGCGGCUCAAGCAUCAGCUGCUGCAGAUAGGGCCGCAGCCCAAGCCACGCAAGCGUUACAGGAACUUAGGACACUACGGAAGGAGCAUGAACAUCAACGCACUGACAUCAUCCCCACGCUAGAGAAAGACUUGGAGCGCGAGCGCAAUCGUGCUACUAAGUCGACAGAUCUUGCUAGGGGACUAGGUAAAAGUCUCCAAGAGGAAAAGAAGGUGUCGGAGGGACUGAUGAAACGUAUCGAGCAUAUGAGCAAGGAGCUUGAGGGCUUAGGUGAACAGGUCAAUGCGCUCAAGCUAGAGAAUGCGGACUUAAAGGACCAAAAUCACGAUUUGAGCAUGUUCAUCUCGGGACAGGAGAAGCUCAAGGAACUCGAGGCUGAGGGUAGGGUUGAAGAGAAUGAGGUUCAGGAGGGUAGCGUGUCUUUGCCGGAGGAUAAGAGAAAACGGAAGGGAAAGGGGAAGGGAAAGACUUAAGCCUCUUCGCUUCUCAUCGCCGUACCCAUUGGUGGCGUCGGUGGGAUGUAGACAUAAACCACCUGCUCUCUAUAGAUAUGUGUAGAAUCAGACAAUAAUCACCAUAGUCUCGGCUUAGAGGCCUCGAUGCUAUCUACUGACUUACCCCUCUGUCUAAGGUGGUGAAACCGGUGUGCUCGGUAAUUAUACAGAGCUUGUUUUACGAACUCAUCAGGCC